AUGGCCACUCUCAGUGUUCUCGAGUUCAAUCCUGCGGGCCGUCCUAUCAAGUUUGAGACUUGGCUUCAGGACCUACAGCUGUACCUGUUGAGCGAUUCGAAAGACAAUGUCUCACUGUUUGACCACACGUGUGGAGCCUAUCCUGCCCCUCCCGACAGAGCUGACAGUGCGACUCGCUCACGGCGGCUUACUCGUGACGCUGCCGCUCGCCUAGCCGUUCGCAACCAUCUGCUGAUAGCCGAACGCGCUCACUUUGACCAGCCUAAAACUGCUAAGGCCCUGUACGACGCUGUAGUCGCCCGCUGCUCUUCCCCUGCCACUGCAGCCCUCGGCCGUCUCAUGCUACCCUACCUGUUUCCCGAGCUGUCCUCCUUUGCCACUGUAGAGGACCUCAUCACCCACCUUCGCACUAUGGAUGCUCGCUACCGUGCUGCCCUCCCAGCCGAGUUUGUCCCCAAGAACGAGCCCCCAAUUUACAUCACUCUCUACUUUAUUGUCACUCACCUCCCUGACUCACUUAGCGCGGUCCCGGACACCUUUCUCGCCCUUAACCCCACAACCCUCACUAUCGACCUGCUCGAGAAGCACCUCCUUGCAGCUGAGACCAGCAUAGUCGUUGUAGGUGCUACUCAUAGCACUCCUCGCACGCCCUUCUUUGAGGGGUGCUCCCCCUCCCCCCUUGCCCCCUCUAUUGCCUCUGCUGCUUCUACUCCUAGUGAAAAGCGCCGCAGCGGCAAGGGCAAGGGAGGCCAGAGUGGUGGAGGUGGUGGCAGGGGGUGUGGUGGUGGAGGCGGUGGAGGCGGUGGAGGUGGCGGAGGUGGCGGUGGGAAUGGUGGCGGGAGUGGGGGGGUCGGUGGCGGAGAUGGCGGCAGCGGUGGGGGUGGUAGUGGUGGUGGUUGUGGCGGUAGUGGGCGUGGUGGCGGCGGCGGUGGUGGCGGAGGGAGUGGUGGCGACGGCAGUAGUGGUGGUCGGACAGGAGCAGUUCAGCGGCAGCAACAGCAGCGCCCGCGUGAGACCCUCACGCCCCAGCAGCUUCGUGAGUGGUUUGCUCAGCGUGGGGCGUCUGGGGGUAGUGCUCGCUGCCUGUACAUCAUUCGCACAGGUGACCACUCUGGUCAGACGUGCGGGAAGUUUCACACCCAGCACCGCUGCUUCUCCCGCCUAGACGACGCUUGGCGCACUGAGAUGCCCCGCUGGGAUGAGCUGCUUAGGUCUGGUGUUGAUAUCUUUGCUCUUGACUAUGAUGCUAUCCUUGCUGGCAUGUAUGCUUUGACUGUUAGUGCUGAGGGUGACUGUUACCUGUGUGUGCCGCCUGACCCAGGUAUAGAGGCUGCUGCUCUAGGUGCUAGUGAGUCUGCUCUCUCUGGUACUGCGCCUGCUGAGGCCUUGCACACCUUCACGCUUGACUCAGCCCGCGUCCGUGGACAGGGUUGCAAGUGGUACUUUCUGCUGGUUGUUGACGACUACUCGCGUUACACCACGGUCUUCCCUUUGCGCAGCAAGGGGGAGGUCCCUGAUGUCUUGAUCCCUUGGAUCCGAGCUGUUUGUCUCCAGCUGCGCGAGUGGUUCCGUACGGACCUUCCUGUCCUGCGUCUGCACUCCGACAGAGGUGGUGAGUUCUCCUCCGACCUCUUGAGGGACUUUUUCAUGGAGGUGGCUCGUACCUCCAUGAUCCACGCGGCUGCUCCCCAUUUUCUGUGGCCAUUUGCGGUCCGGUACGCCGCACAUCAGCUCAACCUCUGGCCCCGUGUCUCCUUGUCGGAGACCUCGCCCACACUGCGUUGGACAGGGGAGGUUGGCGAUGCGUCGCGAUUCCGGGUCUCAGGUUCUCGUGCCUUUGUCCGCGAUACCACUGCGGACAAGCUUUCCUCUCGCGCCGUCCCUUGCGUCUUCCUUGGCUUUCCCCCUGACGCGCCUGGCUGGCAGUUUUACCACCCCAACUCGCACCGGGUCUUCCCCUCUCAGGACGUCACGUUUGACGAGUCGGUUCCCUUUUACCGUCUCUUCCCCUACUGCACUGCCCCUCUCCCCCCUCCGCCGCUCUUCCUCGCUCCAGGUCCCCCUCCGGUAGACCCCCUCCCCCCUCAGGGUCCUGCUCCUUCAGGUGUCUCUAAGGUAGACCCGUUUCCCUUGGCUGAGCUUGUAGAGGUCACUGGUGACUCUGGUGCUGCUGGGGGUGGUGCUGCUCGGGGUGCUGCGUCUGGGGGUGCUGAGCCUGGGGGUGCUGAGCCUGCGGGUGCGGAGCCUGGGGGUGCUGAGCCUGGGGGUGCGGAGCCUGGGGGUGCUGGGCCUAGGGGUGCUGUGUCUGAGGGUGCUAAGCCUCGGGAUGCAACAUCUGGGGGUGCUGAGCUUGCUGGUGAUGAGUCUGUGGGUCCUGUGCCUGGAGGUCCUCAGCGUGCCUCGCUGCAGCGGUCUGGCCAGCGGGAGACUCUUUCUCACCACAGCAGCUGCGCGAGUGGUUUGCUCGCCGCACACGCCUUCGGAGUCGCGCUGCUAGAGCUAGAGGAGCUGGAGCUGGAGGUGCUAGAGCUGCAGGCACUAGAGCUGGAGGUGCUGGAGCUGGAGGCACUAGAAAUGGUGUCACAGGAGCUGGAGACGCUGGAGCUGGAGGCGCUGGCACUAAAGGCGCUGGAGCCGUUGGCACUGGAGGUACGGGAGCUGGAGCUGGUGGCACUGGAGCUGAGGGCGCUAAAGCUGGAGGUGGUGGAGUUACUGGUGCUGGAGCUAAAGACACUGCAGCUGGAGGCGUUGGAGCAGGAGGUGCUCGAGCUGGAGGCAAUGGAGGUGGUGACACUGGAGCUGGGGGCGCUGGAGUUAGAGACGUUGCAGCUGGAGGUGCUGGAGCUGGAGGCGCUAGAGCUGGAGCCACUGGAGCUGGAGGAACUGAUGCCGGGGACACUGUGUAGCAGCGACCGUUUUUCUUACCGCGGCCGCAGCUGUCCUCAAUACCGCGACUCACCGCUGCUUGCCCCCCCUCCUUACACUGACCAGCUAGCCUCCCUUACCGAGCGUCGUGAGCCUGCGUCUCGUCCUACCUCCCCUGUUCGCACUGCUCGCCGUGCUCGUUGUGUCUCGCGUCCGCGUCCUCCUCCUGUGCCAGGCACUCACACUAUGGCACUUCGUCCUUCCUCUGUUCCACAGCGCGUCCCUCUGCCGUCUCCUCCUUCGUCCUCUCUUCCUGAUGUUCCGAACGCUGAGUUUGACUUGGUUCGUGCUGCCAGCCCCACUAUCACGCGUCUCCUCACUACUGUCGUUACUGAUCUGUCGUUUGAGUCCACUACUGCGUCUGCCUUAGUUGCUGAGCUUGUGGACUUUGCUGCUACGUGUCACCUAGACUACGCCACUAGUCUUGUUGCUGAGUCUGAGUCUGUCUAUCCUCCGUCCGUCGGGGGUGAGUGUGCUCUUGGCACGGACGUCCUUGAGGACAGGCAGGAGGACUUUGAGUGUCUUGCGGCUACUGUACCUCAUCUCGUGGCCUGGCUGCUUGCACCUGAGGGAGACCCGGAUGCACUGGACAUCCCGACCCCGCGCUCUUAUGCAGAGGCGAUUACGGGUCCCUACUCCUCUCACUGGCAGACAGCCAUGGACGCAGAGAUGGCAUCCUGGAAGUCCACAGGCACUUACGUCGACACAAGUCCCCCUCCUGGGGCGAACAUAGCCGAUGGCAUGUGGAUUUUCAGGGUGAAGCGGCCGCCGGGUUCUCCGCCUGUCUUCAAGGCUCGUUACGUUGCACGAGGCUUCAGUCAGCGACAAGGAGUUGACUUCUUCCAGACCUUCUCCCCUACCCCGAAGAUGACUACUCUUCGGGUGCUGCUGCACGUUGCCGCUCAGCGUAACUACGAGCUUCACUCUCUUGACUUCAGCAUAGCCUUCUUACAGGGCAGCCUUCACGAGGAGAUCUGGCUGCGCCGCCCACCUGGCUUCACUGGGUCGUUUCCUGCUGGUACCCAGUGGAGCCUCAGGCGGCCAGUCUACGGUCUCUGCCAGGCGCCUCGUGAGUGGCACGCCACACUGAGGACGACACGUGCUGCUCUCGGGUUUGCUCCUUCGACUGCUGACUCGUCGUUGUAUCUGUGCAUAGACACUUCGCUGCUGACACUGAGGCACUUGCACUGA